AUGGGCGACCCCGGCUUUGUGUCUCUCCCUCAAGGGACGAUUGCUAGAAGUCAGGGACAGCAGCAGCAACAGCAGCAACAGCAGCAACAACAUCAACACCCUCAACAUCAUCUAACAAGCCACCAGUGUUCACCUUCACCUGUGGUCAGAAACACUCAUUCCGGCCAUAUGGGCUCCUUCCAACCACAGAGCAUAAACUCGACACCCCAUCCUCCUCCUCAUCAUCAUCAUCCUCAGCAACCACCACAACAGAGACACUCUGAGAUGCCACAAUCGUCAUCACCACCCCACAUCGCUCAUCCAGUAUCUCAUCAGAAUUCUUCCUCUUUCAGCCCCAACUCCCUCCCAGGGAACAUCUCAAGAAGAAUGACACAGUCGGAAGCCAGAGAAGCACUCACCACCUACCUCAUCUACCGCCUCUAUCAAACAGACAACGCAAAGUGGGAAUCCACCCGUAACACUGGUGUCUUGAGCGAUCACCAAGCCGCGAGAGAUAUGCAGGCUUUGGGGAGGGACGACGGCAUCAAAUUAAGAGACAGGUUGAACAAGCUCAAUGGGUUGCAGAGACGAUGUUUGGAAAAGAGGUUGAAGAAGAUGAGAGAGAGGGAGAUGAGAGAUCCUUCUGAGGGGGGGAGUUAUAAGAUUGAUUUGGUCGGCGUUGAGGAGUUGAGUCUAAAGGGGGAGAAUAUAAAAUGGAAAAGGGGGGAGGUUGAGGUUGAGACGGUCACCAAAGUCUGCAACCUCGACUUGGGCCACCUUUGCUGCCACAUCAACCGCAUCACCUGCAUCACCUGCAUCACCCGGUGCUUCAAUCACAGCAGCAACAUCAGCAGCAACACUCUCACCAACCUCACAGCCUCCAACAACAGCCUCUUCAUCCUCAACAUCAACAGUUCCAUCCUGUACCCCAACAUGGCUCCAACCUGGGACUCCCAGGUUGGGGACCGCCUUCAGGACCUGGCGGGCCUGGAGGACCAUACCCACCACACGCAGUGA